GUUUCAGUGACAGAUAAAAUAAGAACACUCAAGGCUUAAAGUCAAACUGUUGCUGCCGUUGAAGAUACAUAGCCUAACACGAAAGUAGAUUCAACAGUUUCAAGGAGCUCCUCCAUCAUGAAUCGCCCAGAGAGAAGGAUUGUUCUGCUUGGAAAAACCGGUACUGGGAAGAGUGCAUCAGGAAACACCAUCCUUGGUGGGACGAGUUUCCAUUCUGAACUGAACUGGUCCUCUGUAACACAUAAAACAGAAAGGAAACAGGCAGCAGUAGAUGGGAGGGAUGUCAGUGUGGUUGACACUCCAGGACUGUUUGACACAAAGCUUACUGCUGACGAAUUUGCAAAGGAGAUUGGUACGAGCAUUUAUGAGUCUAGCCCAGGGCCUCAUGCCUUCCUCAUAGUUUUGCGAGUGAAUGACAGGUUCACAGAGCAGGAAAAACAAGCUAUUGAAACUCUAGAGAGUGUGUUUGGGUCAGGACUGGCAAAGCACUCCAUCAUCCUCUUCACCCAUGGAGAUGCUUUAGAGGGUAAAGGUAUAGAGAAGCUGAUUGGUGGGAACAGAGACCUCAGUAGAGUGGUAGAGCAGUGUGGGGGGAGGUACCAUGUCCUCAACAAUAAAGCCAUAGGAAACAGAGUUCAGGUCACAGAGCUGAUAGCGAAGAUAGACAGAAUGGUGGAGGAGAUUGGAGGAAUCUGCUUCACCAAUGAGAUAUUUGCGGAUGUAAAGGGAUUGGAUUUGACUGAUUUUUUAAAGAAACACUGGAAAUAUCUUGCUUUGUCCGCACUGCUACUUGUAAUGAAAUAUAAUAAAAAAAUGUAGUACAACCUCAAUACUGAUAACGCUUUUAACGCAGCAAGUAUAUUCAAAACCGUUUUUUGUGCAUUAAUUUUGUUUGGAGACAUCUUUCACCACAUAACAAUUUAUCCAAAAUAUAGGUUUACUGUAAAAUACCAUGAGAACAUUGAUUUAAUCACCAAAACACAACAUAAUGGAAUCUUCUCAAUUUAGGUUUUUUAAACAGCCUGUUAAUACAAUAGCAAUAAAUGCAAGAUACGUGUUUAUAAAUUGCCUUUUGAAUGUAAUAUGCUAGAUCCUGUAGUUCCGGCCUGUUAAAUAUCAAACAGAAAUUAUACAAAAUAUUUUGUUUGGGGAAGUGAAAAUUGCAUGAAUAUUUUUUGUUGUUAAAUCUACUUUUGAAGACUUAUUUUUUCUUCUGCAUUGCUCUUUAUCACUGUUUUUAUAACUCUUUUCCUUCAAUUUAAUCAUAGUAUUGUUUUGAUUUGAUCUGUUUUAUCAUACACUGAACAAAAAUAUAAUCAUAUAUAUGUGUUGGUUCCAUGUUUCAUAAGCUGAAAUAACAGAAUCCAGAUAUUUUCCACACGUACAAAAAGCGUAUUUCUCUUAAAAUUUGUGAACAGAUUUGAUUAUGUCCCUUUUAGUGAGCAUUUCUCUUUUACCAAGAUAAUCCAUCCACCUGACAGGUGUGGCAUAUCAACUAGCUGAUUAAACAGCAUGAUCAUUACACAGGUGCACCUUGUGCUGGGGACAAUAAAAAGACACUGAAAUGUGCAGUUUUGUCACACAAUGCCAAAGAUUUCUCAACUUUUGAGGGACUGCCCAAUUGGCAUGCUGACUGCAGGAGAAUGUAAUGUUCAUUUCUCUGCCAUAAGCCACCUCCAACACUGUUUUAAAGAAUUUGGCAGUAUGCCUAAGUGGCCUGACAACUGUUUGCUGAUGUCAACGUUAUGAACAGAGCGCCCCAUGAUGGUGGUGGGAUUAUAGUAGGGGCAGGCAUACGCUAUGGACAACGAACUCAAUUGCAUUUUAUUGAUUGCAAUGUUAAUGCACAGAGAUACCAUGACAAAAUCCUGAAGCCCAUUGUCAUGCCAUUCAUCCGCCACCAUCACCUCAUGUUGCAGCAUGAUAAUGCUCGGCCCCAUGUUGCAAGGAUCUGUACACAAUUCCUGGAAGCGGAAAAUGCCCCAGUUCUUCCAUGGGCUGUCUACUCACCAGACAUGUCACCCAUUGAGCAUGUAUGGGAUGCUCUGGAUUGACAUGUACGACAACGUGUUCCAGUUCUUGCCAAUAUCAACAAUCUGAUCAUUUAUCACUCCAGUGCUAAUCUGCAAGGUUGUAAUUAUUCGCCUACCUCCUCAUGCCUUUUGCACACAAUGUAUAUAGACUCGCCUUUUUUGUACUGUGUUAUUGACUUGUUAAUUGUUUACUCCAUGUGUAACUCUGUGUUGUCUGCUCACACUGCUAAGCUUUAUCUUGGCCAGGUCGCAGUUGCAAAUGAGAACUUGUUCUCAACUAGCCUACCUGGUUAAAUAAAGGUGAAAUAAAAUAAAAUAAAAUGUGUUAGCAACUUCACACAGCCAUUAAAGAGGAGUGGGACAAGAUUCCACUGGCCACAAUCAACAACCUGAUCAACUCUAUGUGAAGAAGAUGUGACGUGCAGCAUGAGGCAAAUGGUCACACCAGAUACUGGCUGGUUAUCUGAUCCACACCCCUACCUUUCUGUGUCCAACAGAAAUAUAUCUUUAUAACAUAUUUUUAUUACCAGACACGUGAAAUCCAUACAUUAGCAUCCAAUUUAUUUAUUCAAAUCGUUGAAAUUUUUGCAUGUUUUUUUUAUAUUUUUG